AUGGAUGGCGAUAUCAUCGUCGUACCUUGGUCCCCCGGUGGGCUACAGCAUAUUAUCACAGCGGGAGGUCAUCAUUACAUUGGGGCCGUGGACGAGACCACAAUCUUGAAGUUUCCACACUUCAAAGGGACUGGCCGGGAAGGUCUCGAUGCCGAAUCCAAAAUACUGCAGCGUCUCGGCACACACGAUCGGAUCAUUGGAUUGGUAGGUCAGCAUGAGGACGGUGUGUUGCUAGAAUACGCGCCGAACCGACAAGGGAUCUGCCAGUCGAAGAGAGGAUCCGACUUGCAAGAGAGACUGCUGAAGGGGUUGCCUAUGCUCAUCCGAAGAACGUUCUGA